CUGCCGGGCCUCUCUCUCGCUACCUCUCCCCUAAAUUGUGGCGCUGCCUGUCUGCGUAUACAUACCAGCCACGCCGUCCAUCCCAUCCAUCCCAGCUCCGCCACAGGCAUUGGCUGCAUUGACUUUUUCCCCGUGCCUGUGCCAGCCCAACAGUCGCCCUGCCGCCUCGACGGGCUCUCUAUAAAGUAUACGCGAAGCCCCACCGUGUAAUCGAUUAGCACUACUCCCCCAUCCAAGCCCCGCCUCCCAUUCACAUACACACAAACACCAUGGACUUGGAUCCCACGCCCGACCACUACAAGGCCCUCGGCCUCGAUAAGAGUGCCACUGCCGCCAUCAUCAAGUCCACAUACCGCAAACUGGUACUCAAGUGCCACCCCGACAAAGUCACAGAUCCCGCAUUGAAGGAGCAGAAGCAGGAAGAGUUUCACCGCAUCCAGCAAGCCUAUGAAUGUCUCAUCGACGACGAAAAGCGGGCUCAUUAUCACGCAGUCCUCGAGCUUGACAAGCUGCGCAAGGAAAAGGCUGCAAGACAAGCCGCUGCGCCACGCGACAGGACUGCGCGCUUCGACGUCCCAACACCUGGUGGUUCGUCUUUUACUGCAAAUGGUCCCACGCGGUACGCCACCGAGUACCGCGCACCUCCAUCGUCGCGUGACGAUGCCAGCCGUUACCAAGAACGCGAGCGCGAGCGUGAACGUGAACGCUCCCACCACCAAACUUAUACAUCCAAGCCUACUGCGCCACCCCGAUCCAGCCGCGAAAAAGAGUCUUCAAAAAGCAGCAGAUAUGCCAAGGAAGACCGCGGUCGAUCAGAACGUGAAAAGGCACGUGCCAAGGAAGUCCGCAGCGACCGCAAGUUCGCAUCUGCUGAGAGUGAAUCAUCAGCCGACGAGAAGGCGCGCCACGAAUCGGGAUACAAGAUUCGCACUGAAGAAGAUGCUCGACGCAAGGCUGCUGAAGAGCGCCGAUCCUACGAAGAAGCACGCCACACUACUCUGCCCACUCACCGCAAAAUGAGCGUACAGGCCGAGGAGGCACUUCGCUAUCAGCACAAGUCGCGUGCACAGGUUGAAGAGGAGAUAACGUCAUCUCGCCCUAUGCCUGCUAGAGCAUCCUCUCGCGAUUACUAUGCUGCCGAGCCUCGCUCUUCCCGCCGCGAGUCCUCUCGCGCUGAGGCUCCUGUGCGUAGGUCUUCCGCCAGGCCUAACAAGGAUCGCCCUUCAAUGUCGCGUCGCGAAACUGAUCGAACUGAUCGCGGUAUUCCCGAGGUCGUAGAUUGGGCCGAGGAGAGGCGCACUGAAGAGAGGCGCCCUCCUAUGUUCAAGCACUCGACAUCGUCGCCCAUUGAGCUUGGACGUGGAAUCCCGCAGCGUUCCUACACUGAACGACUACCGCGACGUACGGAGACUUCGCCACCCCCAGCACCACCAGCUUUCCACCGCUCAUCGACGAUGCCCAUCCACCCAUCGUCCUCGCGCAGGAAAGAGUCAACUGCACCUCGAUCUUCUGGUCUACGCGAAACUACCACUUCCGAGCAAUAUGCCAACCCUGAAAGAGAUACCUUCUCCACCAUCCCACCGGUACAACAGACUACGCCCAGCAGCACUAAGAAGGUUUAUUACUACCCGGUUAGUGGAGGUGGUGUCUCUGUCCGUCCGGAUGAAAUUCCAACCGCCGCUCGUCACGUGCCGCGCGAACCAUCACGCUACCAACGGUCGCCAUCGCCAUCGCCAAUCGGCAAACCCCCGAUUGGUGCCAACCGUCCGGUAGAGCCCACCACUUCCUACAAGAGCGCGCCGCGCCCAUCCAUGCCGAGCCGCAACGAGUCGUACCGUACAGUGUCACCCGUUCGUGGCUCCGAGGAUCGCGGACGUUCUGGAAAACCUAAGCUCUACGGAGAGAUUGGACGCCAGCCUAGCUUUGACCCCAACGAUGUGCAGUUCAGUCGCCGAUAUGGCCCAGAAGAUGUCAGAUGGGCUCCCAGAUCCGGCGAGCCUGACAAGGGAUACUCUACUAAGCCUUCUUUGGGAAGGACUGCAACAUAUGUCUACUAGGCAUGUCAAUGAGUGAGAAUGACUUUACCUCAUUAACAUUUACAUGGGCAAAUUCAUUUGCCUCAGGAUACCCCCAUAAACCCAGGUAUAACAUUUACCGGGUUUUUUGCAUUUAUUGGUUUUUGUUUUCCCUGGCGUUUUUAAGGUUGGGUCGAGUUGUUUUCUAAAGCAACUCGCAUUGUGUGUGUGUACUUUCUUUUUUUUGUUGACGAAACCACGCAAGUGCUGCGUUGGGUCCCAGUCUCUCUCCAACCUCCCCCGCCUCCCUUACCCCACGGUAUAUAUUCUCGUGCUUCGUUUAUUUUUGCUUUUUUUCGAUUCUUGUCUUAUUUCCCCACCUU